UUUCCCGAGGGGGCAAACGCAGGAGGCAAGAGCGAGAGGCCACUCAGAACUUGACCGCCGGUCGCAGCGCCCGCGCCGGGUUACCAUGGCAUCUGGACCCAACAUGAGGGCUCCCAUUUGUUUGGUGGAAAACCAGAAAGAGCAGCUGACAGUGAAUCCAGAAGCAAUAAAGAUUCUUGAAAAGAUUACUCAGCCUGUGAUGGUGGUGGCCAUUGUAGGGAUGUAUCGUACGGGGAAAUCUUACCUGAUGAACCGCCUGGCAGGACAGAAACAUGGUUUCCAUCUGGGCACCACAGUGAGAUCUGAAACCAAGGGCAUCUGGAUGUGGUGUGUACCUCACCCUACCAAGCCAAAAUCUACCCUUGUUCUUCUGGACACUGAGGGCCUGGGGGAUGUGGAAAAGGGUGACCCUAAGAAUGACUCGUGGAUCUUUGCCCUGGCUGUGCUUCUGAGCAGCACCUUUGUCUACAACAGCAUGAGCACCAUCAACCACCAGGCCCUGGAGCAGCUGCAGAAUGAACUAUCAGAGCUAAUCAGGGCAAAAUCCACUUUGAGAUCUGAUGAAGCAGAUGACUCUGAUGAGUUUGUGAGUUUCUUUCCAGACUUUGUUUGGACUGUACGAGAUUUCACCCUGGAGCUGAAGUUAGACGGACGUCCCAUCACAGAAGAUCAGUACCUGGAGAAUGCCUUGCAGCUGAUUCCAGGCAGGAGUCCCAAAAUUCAAAUUUCCAACAUGCCUAGGGAGUGUAUCAAGCAUUUCUUUCCAAAACGGAAGUGUUUUGUCUUUGAUAGACCUGUAAAAGAAAAAGAUCUCUUAGUCCAUAUUGAGGAAGUGCCAGAAGACCAGCUGGAUUGUAAUUUCCGGGUGCAAUCAGAAAAGUUCUGUUCCUACAUUUUCACCAAGACAAAUCCCAAGACCUUGAGAGAGAAUAUCAUUGUCACUGGGAGCCGGCUGGGGGCUCUAGUGGUGACCUAUGUGAAGGCAAUUAACAGUGGAUCAGUACCUUGUUUGGAGAACGCAGUGACAACUCUGGCCCAGCAUGAGAAUGCAGUGGCCGUGCAGAAGGCAGCCGACCACUACAGUGAGCAGAUGGCCCAGCGCGUGAGGCUCCCCACAGACACGCUGCAGCAGCUGCUGGACGUGCACGCGGCCUGUGAGAAGGAGGCCAUUUCAGUCUUCAUGAAGUUCUCCUUCAAGGAUGAAAACCAGGAGUUCCAGAACAAGCUUGUGGACAUCAUAGAGGAAAAAAAGGAAGAUUACUUGCUGCAGAAUGAAGAGGCAUCUGUCAAAUAUUGCCAGGCUGAGCUUGAGCAGCUAUCAGAAUCCCUGAUGGAAAGUGUUUCAAGAGGCACUUUCUCUGUUCCUGGAGGGCACUAUCUCUACUUAGAAGCAAAGAAGAAGGUUGAACAGGACUAUAAGCUAGUGCCCAGGAAAGGAGUUAAGGCAAACGAGGUGCUCCAGAAUUUCCUGCAGUCACAGGUGGCUAUAGAAAAAUCCAUCCUGCAGUCAGACAAAGCCCUCACAGACGGAGAGAAGGCCUUAGCAGCCGAGCGGGCCAAGAAGGAGGCAGCUGAGAAGUAGCAGGAGCUGCUCAGACAGAAGCAGAAGGAGCAGCAGCAAAUGAUGGAGGCGCAAGAGAGAAGCUACCAGGAAAACAUGGCCCAACUGAAGGAGAAGAUGGAGCAAGAAAGAGAAAACCUUCUAAGAGAGCAGGAAAGGAUGCUGGAGUACAAGCUGAAGAUCCAAGAAGAAUUGCUUGCUGAAGGAUUUAAAAGGAAAUCUGAAGAGCUGAAUACAGAGAUAGAUCGACUAAAAAAGGAAAUGGAAAGAACUAAAGAAGAUAAAGACUUCUUGAAAGAACUAAAGAAGAAAAAUACUCAUGGGCUAAGGUUGUCGUUGGUUCGGUUGUCCAUGAGCUCACUGCACAAAUUCCAGGACUUUGCAGAUGAAGUCCUCCAGAACUUCCUGCAGUCGCAGGCGGCUAUAGAGAAAUCCAUCCUGCAGUCAGACAAAGCCCUCACAGACGGAGAGAAGGACUUAGCAGCCGAGCGGGCCAAGAAGGAGGCAGCUGAGAAGGAGCAGGAGCUGCUCAGAGAGAAACAGAAGGAGCAGCAGCAAAUGAUGGAGGCUCUAGAGAGAAGCUACCAGGAAAAUCUUGCCCAACUGAAGGAAAAGAUGGAGCAGGAAAGUGAAAACCUUCUGAGAGAGCAGGAAAGGAUGCUGGAGCACAAGCUGAAG